GUGUCCAUCGCAGACUUGGGUAUUGAUUGGAAAGAUCUUACUAAACGAACUCUACCAUUGCCGGAUCAUAAUCAAUUCGCAGUCCAACACAAUCGGGACGAUGACGGGUUUUCACGGCUAUACCUUUCUCUCUCGAAAACAAUGACUCCCAUCAAUUUCGAUUUCGACCUCAACCCGCUCACAGAUGAUGAGGCCAAGCAAUUCCUCCAGGACAUUGUUGAAUCUCCUCCUCAAAACACCAUACCCUACUACGUCGGGCCUAUUGAUACCUCUGGAACACCACUUGCUUCGCUUUUCCCAUCUGGCGCACUUUCGAUACUCGGCGACCUCCCUGGAAUCAAUACCUUGUACAUGCACAUGGGCGAGCGUGGCUCAGGGACUGCUUUCCACUGUGAGGAUGCCCAAUUGCGCUCCUACAACCUCAAUAUUUUUGGGUGGAAGCUCUGGAUAAUGAUCGACCCGAAUGAUACUACCAAAUUUGAAAGGAUGCUUGCGACCAAAUGGGCGCUCCACAAAUGCGACCAGUCUAUACGGCAUCUGAAUAUCAUGGUGAGUCCGAAGAGGUUACUCGAAGAAGAAAUCAAGUUCGAUAUUAUUCGCGCUGGCCCCGGCGACCUGGUUAUAACACGACCACGACAAUAUCACGCAGUUAUCAAUCAAACACCGUCUCUUGCUAUAGCAACCAAUUUCACUGUGCUUAGUGAAGAAGCAAUUCCACGUGGAUGGGUUGUUUGUCCAGAAGACGGGUUCUACGACAAGUACCAAGAGCAUGGUAACAACGAGAACGGCAAUCAGAACAGCGACAAUGACACUGACGCCGCUAUCAGUGUCGGUUGCAGUGAUACCCAAAUCAAAGUUGACAGCAACACAAAGGAUACUAAUACCGAUACCGAUAUCGAAUUAGGUCGUCAACUCGCAAGCCUAACGAUAGACAAUGGUGCGAUCUUGCGAUUCAUGUCAAUCGUAUACGCUUGGGACAGUGCGGACGUCACAUUGAAAAGCUCGUUCGCCUCGAGAAAGCCUACGGACGAGUUGUCAACUGCUAGGCACUACGAUAAUCUACGACGAAAAGCACAAAAUCUCAGUAUUUUGUACACCGUUUUGGGCAUGUCAGCCAGUUUUCGGCUUUCCAAAGUCAUGAAAGAAAAUCAACAUCGACAUCGAGCAAGCGGAAGUUGUAUAUCAGCUGUGUUAGCAGGUCGUGGCAUCGAAGACACUCCUAAAGCGCGGAAGGCAUUCGCGACGGAAAUAUCUGAGGCUCGGAAGAUCAUGAAGAUGGUAGAAGGAUACGAUGGGCUUCUCUGCUUUUUACCCCUUGGGUUUGGUAGUGGGUUCACGUUAAGAGCUUUGACGAGGUUAUCGAACAAAGACCUCGAGACCUUCCGUGCCACCAUUGCUCGGUAUAAAAGCCUAAUGUUGUUGAGUGAGGUGGGCAAUGAGUUUCUACUCUCUGUUUGGGGUGAAGGAGAGUUCAAAGAAAGAUUGUUCCAAAGGAGACAGCUUGGCGAACUGCAAAACCUACCCAACGAAGACCUCAUUAAGUUUCUG